AGCGAGGCGGAGCCGGCGCCCGCCCGGAGGAGCAGGAGGAGGAGGAGAGGUCGGAGCCGUCUCCAGGAGCCCUUAGAGACAGAGUCCCCGGCAGCAGCGGUGGUGGCAGGGGCAGCGCUCUGGCAGGCGAGUGAGCACCGAGCAGCGGGCGCAGAUUCAUCCCAUCACCUAAAACCUGGUAACAGUGGGCCACACAGAGUCUUACUGGUGAAAACCCUCAGCGAAGAUGUCAAGCAAAACAGCCAGCACCAACAACAUCGCGCAGGCAAGGAGGACGGUGCAGCAGCUAAGGAUGGAAGCUUCCAUUGAAAGAAUAAAGGUUUCCAAGGCAUCAGCGGACCUCAUGUCCUACUGCGAGGAACAUGCCAGAAAUGACCCUCUGCUGAUGGGGAUACCAACUUCAGAAAACCCUUUCAAGGAUAAGAAAACCUGCAUCAUCUUAUAGAGGAGAAGUCAAGCAGUCCCGCCCCACGUCCCAACAAAGCAAAUUGUGAGCAGCUCCUUAAAAAGAUUUACCUUCGGCUUAUUUGGUAACCACUGCUAAUCACUAAAAUGCUCUUAGCUUGGAAUCAUCGACUCUGAAGUCUUUAUUUUCCAAGUUGUCCUUGCUCUAAAAUACCCUUUACUGAAUUAAUACAAAAUAGCAGUCUCGUUUUCCCUUUGGUAACUAGUGUGUCAUAUGGGGUGACUGCUGAAGGAAAGUUGAUCUGGCCUUUUCAAAAACACCAUUAAAAUAUAUGAGUGAUCCAGUUAAGACCCCAAUUACCUGAGCAUUCGUCUAGAUUAAAAUGCCAAGACAACUUAAGGCCUAAAACCUUUCUAUCAUCGUGUGUUCUUAAUAGGGUUGUGCCAAUCUGUACAGUAUACAUGGGUGAGGAGUGUUGUGUAUAUAUAUUUGUGUGUUUGUAUAUACACAUCUCAAAGCUUAUUUCCGUACUGAAAUGUCUCUCUCUCCAUACCAUCUGUUCCUCAGCUCCAAAGCUAUACCUUGAUCGUGAGCUGUGUGUCGGUGGAAUUAAAUUCUUUGCUUGUAGUAACUGUGCACAAAGUCAAGAACUCCCUUACGAUUGUGUGCAUUGUAAUUGAGUAAUGAAGUCAUCUCUCUCCUCUUGAAAUCUUGCUGACCUCCUAGGCUACAAUAAACUGUGCCAAUUAAAAUGUUAAAACCUGAGCUAAAAGCCCUUUUAUAAUAGGAGGUAUGAAUUCACCAAGGGCUUUCAGGCUUCAGUGAUCCUGAGUCUAGAAAAGGGGAGGAGGCCCUUGGGUGGUACCCAGGGCCCAUAGUCUCGGGAUCAGGGGUAGACACAUCUGAAAUUUCCACUCUCUAACCACGGGAACGAGACAGAGCAGCCUUGAGCCCGGCCGAGAGGGGAGCAGGAAUGCGUGGAAACCAGCUGCUCUCUGUGAUUUAGCUCACGUUCUCUGCCUCCCUGUAUCUUUCCUCUGCUGCCAGAACGUCUGUCUUCAGAGGUCAUCUUCACCUCCCCAAGUGGGUAGAAGGUGAUGGGGCAGAAACACCCAAUGAACGUAAAAGUAUCAAGACACUUAGGCUCUUUUCACAAACUGGUAGCAUCAGCCCCACCCUUACCUUUUCCACGCAACAUCCAAGAGGAUUGGAUUCAUUCAGUGGUUCACUACUUGGGUCCACGGGCUCCAGCAGCUGGUGUCGGGUUCCUUGAUUUCCUCUGGGCAUGAAGCCUGCCCCCACACAUGCACAGCAUUUGCAGCGGGGAUCCCAAAAGAAGGCAUCUCCUAUGGCCAAGAGGCUAUGUUCACUUUACCAAAGAGGAAGAGAGGGUCUUUUUUUUCAAUGCUCACUUACAUUCCCAAACCGUACACUCAGCCUUUGAUGUUAAGUCAGCGUCAGCUCGUUAAAAAUAAUGAUGGAUUAAAACCUUGUUCUCAAAAAGGAGUCAACCCCAAGAAGGAGUUAUGUACCAUGGUUUUCCCUAGUUCUGGACAAUCCAGCCCCGUGGCACAAGCCCCCUUCUCACAUUUGGGCUUUGAGUAUUAGGCUCAUUGCAGGCAAAUGCAACACUGGUUUUAAACUGCUCAAAUAUAGUCCGUAUUUUUCCCAGUCACCUAUCUACUCAGCAUUGUGAACCACCCUGCCUCGUCCAAGACCAUGUGAAAAUCACACCACUGCCCGUACACACUUGUCACCUACCCUUUGGUUCUUCAAUACGUCCAGUUUCCAAGGAAAUCACAGGCACCUGUUGCAGAGAGAAAGGUUUUUUUUUUUUUUCCCUCUUUCCAAAGGUGAGAUCUGAAAUGCGCAUUAAAGUGACAACUUUACAUUUAAUGCUUCACGUAAUGAGACAUGCUUUUUAAAAUAUUUUUCUAGCAGUAGUUUUAGAACACUAAUCUUAUUUUCUCUCUGAUUUUUACCAUGUUUCCUUAAAUAUUUAUAAUGCAGCUUGUUACAAAAUAUUGUCGUGAAAUUGCUUUUAUUAUACUGGUAUGCACACAUGUUUGGUAGCAAGCAUAGUUUAUCCUUUAGUCCUAAAACACGUUCUUUUACCUAACAGAAAAUAAGUAUGUUUUGCUAUAUAUUUGUUAUAUGCUUGUAGUGCUAAGGAGUGGACUUGAGGUCCCAGGAGAGUUCACUUUUAUUUUUGCUGGCCAGAUAGAGUAAAGGCUCUGAGCACGAGCAGCUUGUAACGUCCUAACCAGGUAUAGGUCACGUUCAAGCAAAGUGAAAUGAAAUCCUUUGAUGCUGUAGCCAAGGGGGAAAAAAUUGGAGUUAAAUGUUGAUUUACUUAUAACUAGAUGUCUAUGUGAAAAAAAUAUAAUAUAUAUAUAUAUACACACAUAUAUAUAUGAUACACAGAAGUCACUUUUAUUUAUCAGGCUUUAUUCUACUCAUGAAGCCACAGUUAAACUGUUCUGCAGCAGCUGGUUUUUGAUGCUGAUGGACACGUCCAGAAUAUGUUAUUUUUUUCCCACUACCACUGUAAUGACACAUGUAAUCACUUUUGUACAUGCAGCUUCUUGGCUUCAUAGCUAUGAAGCUAUUGAAACAUGUUCAAUAUCCUUAGUCUUUAAUGCUGCUUUGGUUAAAAGUGAUCUUUUUCUCUUCUGACAUCUUCAUUAGCUCAUCAUAAUGCUGUCCAUUUGAGGCCUCAGGCCCAUAGCAAGAUACGCUAAGCAGCAUUCCAUGACUCCAAAGUAUUUUACAGAAACACUUUAAAAAAAAAUAGAGAAACCCUUUGUAUAUGAGGUGGUUCACAAACUAGAGGUUGUAGUUACUUUUUUUCCUAAAAAGAAUCAGGUGUCUAACCUGUCCUUCCCGUACCAAAAUGAAAAGGGCCAUGUGUACCCUUUAAAGAAAAGACCUGAUUUGCUCUUUAUUUGCACUAUUUUUGUACUUUACUCAUCUUAAAUCAUCAGGAAAAAAAAAAUCAUACCCAUGAUUUAGUAAUUUGGAGGCAUAGGUUAACUGAAGUGAAGGAUGUGCCACACUUGCCCUUCAGAUGCCUUCUUCUUGACCAAUUUGCAGCUAAGAUCGUGUCAUCUGAGUGGUUACUCCCCAUUUUGAUAAGAUGUAUAUAGACCCAAGAAGUGAAUCACAGUACGUGUCAGUCCUUUUUCAAUAAAUAUAAUACCAGAGUGUUUAUAACUUGUAUUGACUUCUUUUAUGGUAGAGCUGUUAAUAGGGAAAAAAAAUACAUUGAAUCAAAUAGAAUUAUCUGUAUGUGAACAUAGAGCACUUACCUAGAGCUGGGUGGCCUGGGUCAUCAUUGUCUAGCCAAUCCUGUGUCCCUGUGCUGUGUGACUUUGGACAAGGCAUGUCAUCCCUCUGGGCCUCCAUUUCACCAUCUGUAAAACAAGGGGCUUAAAGUAGAUAAUGGCUGAGAUCCUUCUGUUCCAUCCAACGGCCUACCCCCCCCUCUACUGGUCCUGCCAACAUGUUGGUGCUAUAAGCUGCUUCAAGUAGAAAAUUGGUUUGUCUAUUGUGUUGUGCUCAUUUAAUAGCUUAGGAAAGGCAUUUUUGUUAUAUGGCUUGUUUUCUAGUUUUAUGGACUUGAUUACUGUAAUAAUGUCUUGUUUGUAGCCAUGUAACUAUAAACAUGUAGUCUCUUGAUGUCUCAGUAAAUUUGCAUUUGAUAUAAUAGUUGAUGGGAUUGUUGUUUUAUAACAUUCUUUGGCUCCUCAUCUGUCCAGCCUCUUAUUAACCUAAACAUUGUGAUCAUUGUUUGGAAAUCUGUUCUGUGGAAAGAAUAAAAUCAUUUACUUCACAGCUAACGUGUUCACAGAUUUGAAAGACGUUUCAUUAAAGCACCAUUGCUCCCUUUACUGG